AUGGACUCUACUCGAGACACAGAACUCCAGGGAUACCCUGAGGCCAAUGUUCCUCCCCCCGCCGAGCGUAGUGCAGAAAUGCCAAUGCUUUGGGACGAGGGACAUUGCAGCUUGAUUGACGCCUGUGCAAGGUACAAAUCGCUGCUUGAGCUCUUCCUACAGCUCAGUAAACUGGCUGAUGUCCUUGAUGACAAUCAAACCAUGAAGGAGAACGACUUUCCAGUUUUCUCGACUGUUAACGCUCUGCGCCACUAUGGCUGGACCAUGUGUGAAUUGUUGCACAGCAUGUCGGUUGAGGUAGUGCAGAGCAUUGUCAAAAAUACCUUUGCCUUUGACUUGACGAAUGGUAACAUUGACACGUUUCGUCUGCCCUCAGCGCUGCACGACGAAAAGACUCCCGGGGUUUACGUUGUCGGUAUAACGACGAGGGGUCACGGGGGCCAAUUCUUGAACAUCAACGAAUUAGAUGUCCUGAUUCGUGACAUGAAGCUGUACGUCGAAGGGUACGAAGCCUAUGCUAGACAUGGUACGUGGGCUUCCCCCAACAUGACGACGGCGGAGAGCAGGGCCAUCAGCAUGGUCAACGCUAUUGAGAGUCACAGUGGAUCAUCGAGAGGCCAGAACGCCGGUCCGAUGUUCAUUGAGAAGACUGAAGAAGUUCCUAGGAUCAGGGCACUUAUCAAGACAUUCGAGGGUAUGUGUGAUAGGAGUCUUGAUCCAACGGGGCGAGUAAACAUAUCACAGAGCCCCUUAUAUGUUGGGUGCUCUAAGGAUCUGAACAAGCGAAUGGGCGUAUACAAGAACCGUAACGUCAGAAACAUCAACAAGCCCCUUGGUCUUACCGUUUGCAUUCUCAGAAAGCAUAACAAAGGACCAGAGCUUGUAACUGGGUGCGUUCUAAGAAUUCUCAGAAAGGAACAACUUCCCAAGGCAGAGCAGCUAGUCUGUACAAUCGCUGGCUCCCUCAUCUAUCAGCACGGAUUCAAUGCUGUAGAGACAGGAGGGGCAGGACUCCAAAGCGUGCCAACCGAUGCAGGCCUGAAAGAAAACAUCAAGUACAUCGUAUGCAGUACUCAGGUAUUGAUCAGGAAUCUGAAAGAAAGUAUUGAUGAGGUUGAUCUGCGCAAAAGAUUCCUCCGUCAUCUAGACCAGGUUUCAGGCGAAAUGGUACACCUGAAGGAAAUCUUGAAACGUUGUGAAGACGAAGUUCAAAAUCUCCCCUCUGGUGUAGACUUUGAUCGGGUCCUUUCUGACAUCUCUUCUAUUGUGCAAAAUGUGAAGCGCAACUUGAAGGAUAAACGAGAGGCCCUGGAGUUCUGGCAGCUAAUGCUGGACAUUCAGAAUAUUAUAACCGACGAGACUGGUUUGGGGUUGUGCCUUAUUGAUAAUGUAUAA